AUGUCUUCCUCUUCCGCUGUUGCAACUGUUACUACUAAUGUGUUCGAGGUUGGGAAAUACACAACAGUGCUUCAAAAAGUAGAAUCAAGAAAAACAUGCUGUGCCGAAAACACUUCACCUCCACUUCCUGCUCCGCCUCCAAAGCCACUCUUGAUUGCUAUGCCAUGUGAAGAAGGGGAAUUCCCACUUCUUGUUUUCCUCCAUGGUUACCUUCUUUACAAUUCUUUCUACUCCCAGCUCCUGCAACAUAUUGCUUCUCAUGGGUUCAUUGUCAUUGCUCCUCAGUUAUAUCUUGUGGCUGGACCAGAUUCUAGUGAUGAAAUAAAAUCUCUGGCUGCAACCACAAAUUGGCUACCCGAAGGAUUACAGCACCUACUUCCACCCCAUGUCAAACCAAAUCUAAGCAAGCUAUGCCUCGCGGGCCAUAGUCGAGGUGGCAAGACAGCUUUUGCAUUAGCUCUUGAGAAAGCAGCCACCACAUUAAAAUUUUCAGCACUAAUUGGUGUGGACCCAGUUGAUGGAAUGGACAAAGGCAAACAAACCCCUCCGCCAGUACUCACAUAUGUACCUCGUUCGUUUGAUCUUGACAUGGCAGUUAUGAUCAUUGGUUCGGGCUUGGGUGAGCUGAAAAAGAACCCAAUGUUCCCUCCUUGUGCACCUAAGGGUGUUAAUCACGAGGAUUUCUUCAAAGAAUGUAAGAGGCCGGCUAGUUAUUUUGUUGUCAAGGAUUAUGGACAUCUAGAUAUGCUGGAUGAUGAUACUAAAGGGGUUAGAGGAAAAGCUACAUAUUGUCUGUGCAAGAAUGGGAAGUCCAGGGAGUCAAUGAGGAGAUUUAUUGGAGGGGCUGUGGUUGCAUUUAUGAAAGCAUACUUGGGAGGUGAUAGCAGUGACUUAAUGGCGAUUAGGGAGGGGCAGACCGGACCGGUGGAGCUUCAAACUGUUGAAUUUUUACUCUGA